UUUUUUUUUUUUUUUUUUCAAAAAGAAAUACGGUAUUGUCUUCAUAGAAGGGAAAGAAUAGGCCUGGUUUUGGAGCUGAUUCUCAUGCAUAUUUUGUGUUUAUUUGAGAUUUGUGUUCUGGGUUUGGCUGAAUGAACUCUCAUCAAUGCCUUUAUUAGAUAUAGCUACUGCUCAGGCUUCCUUGCAAAACCAUCUAAGUCCGUUAAGGGCUAAAUCCCUCAUUCAUUGUAAGGUUUUGUCAAGUCCAUUUAUUUUUGGGGAUGAGAAAAGAUCCAUACCUGCGUGGAAACCUUUCUACUUCCCUAAAAAGUUAAAUGCUUAUGAAAGGAGUAAACUUCAUAUCAAGGCAGUUGCUACUCUUGAACCAAAGUGUUUAGUUAAAAAAGAAGAUGGAAACAGGAAUAAUGGAAAUGCGCAGCUUGAUGUCAAUUCAGAUGCCUCGAUAGUUCAGAUUAAGUCCUCGGAUGGAAAUGCGCAGCUUGAUGUCAAUUCAGAUGCCUCGAUAGUUCAGAUUAAGUCCUCGGAUGCAGACUCAAUAGAGUUGGAUGAAAAAGAGAGGUUGAGGCGGAUGAGGAUUUCUAAAGCAAAUAGAGGAAGUACACCAUGGAACAAAGGCAGGAAGCACAGUCCUGAAACCAUUCAACGGAUUAGAGAGAGAACGAAGCUUGCAAUGCAGAAUCCUAAGAUCAAGAUGAAGUUGGCCAGCCUUGGACAUGCUCAAAGUGAAGAGACAAGGAAGAAAAUUGCAGUUGGCGUACGAACACGGUGGAAAAAGCGUCAUGAGAAAAUGGCUGUUCAGGAAACUUGUUACUUUGAGUGGCAGAACUUGAUUGCAGAAGCUUCUAGAACAGGCUUUGUUGGGGAGGAAGAACUGCAGUGGGAUUCCUACAAUAUCUUGAGUAAAAAGCUUGAGGCUGAAUGGGUAGAGACUGUUGAACAAAGAAGAACAAUGCCUAGGCCAAAGGGUAGCAAAAGAGCACCAAAGUCCCCUGAGCAAAGAAGAAAAAUUGCAGAAGCCAUUGCUGCCAAAUGGGCUGAUCCUGAAUACCGGGAACGAGUUUGCUCUGCACUUGCAAAAUAUCAUGGCAUUAAUGAUGGGGCUGAGAGGAAACCAAGGCGGAGACCAAGUAUACAAUCAAGAAAACAAGCCCCAACAAAGAUAAGAACUAGUGUCAUGAACAAUUUCUCUGGAAGUGACACUGUAAGAACAAUUCAGCGACCAAAGCGGACACGUGAGACACCAUUAUACAAGGAUCCUUUGGCAAGUUCAAAGUUGGAGAUGAUAAAGAACAUCAGAGCACAAAGAGCUGCUGCAGAAACUAAGAAAACUGAAGCCGUCAAACGAGCAAGGUUACUAAUUGCUGAAGCUGAAAAGGCUGCUAAGGCCCUUGAGGUUGCUGCAACAAAGAGCCCUCUUGCUCGAGCUUCCCUCAUGGAAACCAGAAACCUUAUAGCUGAAGCGAUUCAGUCAAUUGAGUCGAUAGAUACUGGGCAUAUCACAUCUAGUAAGAAUGAGAUCGAUGCUUCUCUUGCACCAGCUGAAUUGGCCGGCCAGGUUGAGGAGGAAAGAGAUACUGGCAAUGGACGCUCCAGUCAAGCAGAGUUGAAACAAGUAAAUGGGACCAAAGUCCUUGCAUCAAGUAAAGAUGAGGACCUUAACUUCAUUAACUUGCAUGAUAUACUGAAUAGUGAAAAUGAACUUCUCUCUACAAGCUCUGGUGGCUAUAGUUUGCCUUCAAUUAACCUGGAGAGUCUCAUUGAGCAGUCAGAUACGCCAAAGCAAAUUUGCCGGUUGGAACCAAAUGGAAAUCUUAAUCCUGAAAUGAAACCCCUACCAAAUGGAUCCAAGGUUGAGCUUGCAAAAGGGAACUCAUCUUUUAAAUCAGUCACCAGCACUAAGAAAUGGGUCCGUGGAAGGCUUAUUGAAGUGACUGAGGGAGAUUAGUGUUAACUCACUGGACGAAAACCUCAUAGUUAAUCCCAGCGCAACAAGUUUCAUCUCACUUGUGAUUCAUCAUAAUUUGUGCUUUGUGAUCCAAGAGCUCCUGAAUCCUGCUAAACGCAAAGUUAGCCAUUUCGGCUUGUCAGUCUGUAUCUAGCCUAUUUGGUUUUUGUUGUGUAAUACUUAUAGCUGAUCAAAAUAAUUUUCUGUUAAUGCUGCAUACUUUUAACAAUAUUAAUCUCGGCCAUUAUGUGGGCUGUUCCAAAUGAGCUAGUUUAUCAGAUUUAAGUAUAAGCAUUUGCUUUUACAGUGUAA